CAAAACAUAACCUGAAAUAAAAAAGUGCUUUACGUUAAAUACACUUGAUUAAUAUAGAUACAAUUUGUUUUUUGAUUGUGGUAUGCUUGGAAAUUGAAUUAAUAUGUAUGCAGCUAAAUUUUUAAUACAGCGGCGAAGUCCUGUUUUUUUGUUGAAUCGAGUUUUCAUUACGACUAAGAAGAAAGUUCAUGACCCAAGUGAAGAGGAGCUUUUACCAAUAUUCCAGUAUCCAAUAAGCAAAAGUACAGACCGACGAGUCUAUGUGUGGGGAUUUGCUGAGACAGGUGCUCUGGGUAUCCACCUCCCACGUGGCAAGAAAGGGAAAAAAAGUUACAAAAACAACUUCAAAUUGGUUUGGCAUCCAAUGAGGUCUUCUUUUGCAGAGAGAUUUGAUAUAACAAACAUAGCCUGUGGCUACGGUUUCACAGUAGCCUCAAUAAAAACUUCAGAGCAGCACAAAGUUUUCGGUACCGGUAUCAAUACAGAUUCUCAAAUUGGAUACCAUUCACCACGACGAAAUCAUCCUUUGGAACUUCUGCUUAGCUAUGCACCUAUUUAUAUACCUUACAAGAGCUUGGAAUGUGAGAUCAAAGCAGUCGCAGCUGGACGUGCUCACACAAUAAUCCUGACUGACAAAGAAGGUGUCUAUACAUUAGGUAACAAUGCAUAUGGUCAGUGCGGUAGGAAAGUAAAUGUCAAUGAGGAGUAUAAAGGUAGUAUGGUGACCCAUAACAUACAAAAGCUUGGAAAGGAAAACAUAGUUGAUGUAUGCUGCGGACAAGAUCAUAGUCUGUUCAUAACAGAGUCUGGUAAAGUGUACGCGUGUGGGUGGGGAGCCGACGGUCAGACCGGACUGGGAAACUAUGACAAUCGAUCCACUCCUACCGCUGUCAUAGGCGAUAUCACCACAGAGAAGAUUGUCAAAGUCGCUUCCACUGGAGAUUGUGUUUUAGCUUUGAACAACAAAGGAGAACUGUUCGGUUGGGGCAACUCUGAGUACGGGCAGAUCCCGAUGGCGACGACACAACACCAAGUCAACACGCCCUACGCGCUCCUCAACUUCACCAGGGGACUCGGCAGGAUUGUGGACAUCGCGGCGGGAGGAUCCUUCUGCAUGAUCGUUAAUGACCAAGGAGAUGUCUUUGUUUGGGGAUUCGGUCUUCUAGGACUUGGACCAAACGUGCAGCAUACGGCGACACCUAAACAAAUACCACCAACAUUGUUUGGCCGAAAUGAAUUCAACCCUGAGUGUGUGGUUAAAAAAAUUUCCUGUGGAAUCUCCCAUCUCGCAGCUGUCACUAAUAAUGGUGAUCUCUACAUGUGGGGCAGGAAUAGGCAAGGCUGCCUCGGCUUGGGCAAUACAAAUGAUCAGCAUUUUCCCUUAAAAGUGGCUAUUGGUGCUCAUGUACUUAAAGUGGCUUGCAGUGUGGACCAUUCAGUUGCAGUUUGCAAACCGUUUGUUUAGUUAAGACAGUUCUAAUUAUUAAUU